CAAAGUACUCCAGCUUCAACACCGUCGCUGGACCAUCACAGCCUGUGUCUCCCAGAUGGCCCACGCUCUCUCACGCCGAUUCCUCCGACCCAAGAAGGUCGCCACGCUUGUCCGCCCCAUGAUCCUCCUCACCUUCAUGGGCAGCGUCCCUCUACCAGGCCGCAAGGAAUCCCCAACCUCACCCCACGAUUGUUGAGGAGGAGCUCCUCACUCUCUAAACCGGAAGCUGGCUGCUUGGACCGGAUGGGCAAAAUUCUACGGGUACGACGCUGGGGUACGCCAGUUCUUCAAUGGUCUUCCAAGGGUGAUCCUUGGCGACUCGGUGUUGAAGAUGACGCAGGAGGAUCUCAGGAAAAGGAUGAGGCUCAAUGAUGAAAUUGAUGAAGUGCUGAAUAGCGACCUUCCCGAUUCUAGUUGAUGGAAAGGUAUACACGAUUUCCAUGAAUGGUGAGAGCUCGCGAGCAUUGUGGCAGCUGAGACAGCUGACCAGGUUGGUGCGAUCCUGCGGGAGCUCGAAAAACCUCGCCGAGGCAAGGCGGCUUCAUGCCCGGAUUCUCAGGAGCGAGCAUCGCAACACCAAGUUCCUGAACGAUCAGCUGGUGAUCAUGUUUGGAAAAUGCGGGAGCGUGGAUGAUGCUCGCGGGGUUUUUUCUGGCAUUGCUGAGCCGGACAGUAUCUCCUCAAAUAGUAUGCUUGCAGCAUAUGCCCAAAACGGGCAUCUUGACGAGGCAAGAGCCAUCUUUGAGGGCAUGACUAGUCGGACAGUGGUGUCGUGGAACUCAACUAUGUCGGCUUACGCCCAGAAUCGCAGUUUGAAUGACUCAAAAGCGAUGUUUGAUGCGAUGCCUGAAACUACAUAUGUUUCGUGGAACACAAUUAUAUCAGCAUUUGCCCAAACUGGGCAUAUGGAAGAAUCGAAGAGACUUUUUGAUUCCAUGCCUGAAAGGAGCGAGGUGUCAUGGAAUAGCUUGAUCGCUGCGUACGCCCACCGGGGCUGUGCGGGAGAAGCCAUGGAUUGCCUAGAGAGAAUGCCCGAGUCGAGCGUGGUGUCGUGGAAUUCGGCCAUGGGUGCGUACAUCCAGGCCGGAGAGCUCAAAGGAGCCGUGAAGAUCUUCAAGAGCAUGCCGGAGCGCGACUCCAUCUCUUGCAACGCGAUGCUGGCGGCGUAUGCCCAGUCCGAGCAGCCCACCAAGGCAAAGAAGGUGUUUGAUCGAUACAAGCUUGGCAAGAGCGUGGUGUCGUGGACUUCUCUUCUCCAGGCAAAUGCCAUGGCUGGAGAUCUGGACGAGGCAGAGAUCGUCUUCUUGCUCAUGCCGCAGCACGAUUUCAUCUCGUGGACCGCUGUGGCCUCGGCGUUUGGAUCGAAUGGUUGCUUGGAGCAGCUGGAGGCGAGCUUGAAUGGAUCGUCCUCGGCCGAGAAAGAGGGAGCACAAACGGCGAUGGUGGGAGGCUACGCGCAGUGUGGACAAACCGAGAAUGCCAAGUCCAUCUUCGACACCAUGCCCGCUCGCACAAUCCUCUCGUGGAGCAAUCUUCUCUCGGGUUAUGCCCAGCGCGGGCGGAGUAGCGACGCAAGGAUGGUGUUUGCCAAAAUGCCGAUACACGAGGUGCUGAGCUCCACCGUGGUGAUCUCGAGUUUAGCGCAGAGAGGCGAAGCGCUAGAGGCGAGGGCGAUCUUUGAUGGAAUGGUUGAGCACAGCGACAUCACCUGGAACUCUAUUCUCUCGGCCUACGUAGCGCAGGGAGAUGUGGAGCAAUCCAAGAGGGUGUUUGAGUCCAUCCCAGAGAGAGGUAUUGUUUCCUGGACUGGAAUCCUUCAGGCUUAUGCCGAGACUGGAGAUUUGGCACUGGCAAACAUGACGUAUGAUCGAAUGCCCGAGCAAGACGUGAUUUCGUGCACAACACUAGUCCAGGCAUAUGCCCAAACGGCGCAUUUAUCAAGAGCAAAAGAGUUGUUUUUGGCCAUGCCUCGGCGCGAUCGUCUUUCGUGGGUGGCGAUUCUCACUGGUUUUUCAUGUCAGAGAGAUGUCAAUUCGGCAAAAUUAGCGUUUGAUCGCAUGCCCGAGCAGGACGAAGUGUCAUGCUCGGCUAUGAUAGCAGCAUAUGCCGAGAAUGGGCAUCUUGUAGAGGCGGAGAUUUUGCUUCGGAGCAAGCCCAACCAGCAAAUUUUAUCAUGGACGGCGAUCAUCACGGCGUACGCACAGCAAGGAUUCGUGUCGAAAGCCAAAGAAACUUUCGAGAGGUUGAAGAAUGUCAAGGACGUGAUGCUUUGGACUGCGAUGAUCGUGGUGUAUGCUCGAAACGGGCAUUGUCGAGAGGCGGUGGUGACGUUUGAGACGAUGACACAGGAAGGAAUGAGACCCGACGAGGUUUGCUUUGUGACGAUCCUCACAGCGUGCAGUCACGGUGGUCUUUUAGACGAGAGCCGGAUGUUCUUUCGAUCACUAAGAGAUUUUGGGAUUCAAGCGACGAACCAGCAUUACCUCUGCAUGAUCGACAUCCUCGGAAGAUUAGGACACCUCGAUCGAGUGGAAGAGCUCCUCCACACCAUGCCUUUUGUUCCAGACGAGGAGGGGUGGGGAGGCUUCCUGGGCGCUUGCAAGAUGUAUGGCGAUUUGGAUCGAGCUGACCAAGUUGCGAGAAGGACCCCUGGACUGAACGCUGCUUCUCACGUAUCGCUGAGAAACAUGCUUGGAAUCGCGGGGAGAACAGAGGACGCAGCAGCCGUGAGGAAGAAGAUGGUUUCUAGCGGCUUGAGCAAGCAGCCCGGGAUCAGCCUCAUCAUCGUCAACAGCGAGAUGCACAGCUUCACAUCCGGUGACGAAUCCCACCCUCGAAUCCACGAGAUCCGCGCGGAGCUGCAGAGGCUCACGUCUCAAAUGCGCGAGUCCGGCUACGUUCCCGACACGCACGACGUGUUCCAUGCAGUGAGUGAGGCGGGCAAGAGCGAGCUUGUGUGGCACCACAGCGAGAAGCUCGCUAUCGCGUUUGGAUUGAUCAGCACGUCGCCGGGAGUGCCACUGUGGAUCAGGAAGAACCUCCGCGUGUGCCUCGAUUGCCACAGUGCCACCAAGUUCAUCUCCAAGGUCACGGGACGGUCAAUUGUCGUCCGGGACUCGUACCGGUUUCACAAGUUCGAGAAUGGAUCGUGCUCUUGUGGAGAUUUCUGGUAAAUCUAUAUGGUCAUAGCAGUCGUUCUUCUAUUACAAUCCAAGCCAUGCCAAGAAACUCAACGAGGACGGGGGCUCAAUAGUGUCUUAUUGCUUCCUGCGUUCUUUCUUCUGGCUGCUCGUUUAGAUCCUCGAAGCGAGCUUCAAGGAUUUCCUGAGAUAGAAAGAAUUGCAGUCAGAGACACGAAAAGUAUUAAUGCUUGCCUCGCUGCCGCUUCAAUCCACUGAGCAUUUUCCCUACGUCUUUCUUCCUCGAGACAGAUGAGUUUUAUACUUAAAACAACUUACCCAUCAAACCUGCGAUACUCAUCCAUGCUCACUCGUCCAGCCGCGACUUGGAGCAGUACAAGUGACCCUCUUUCCAAGGGUGGAUCACUUGUCAAGCAACUUAGAGAAGAAGUAGUUCGUACGAAUACGUUUAUUUCUCUUAGAGACGAGCGACUAUUUGAUGGAAUCUGGUGGUAAACUAUGCGAUUUAGCGAGCUA